AUGGCAGGAGAAAACUACAUUGGUUCAAAAAUCUCGUUGAUCAGUUUGAGUGAUAUCCGUUAUGUGGGUAUCCUCCAUAGCAUCAAUGCUCAGGACUCAACUGUGGGUUUAAAGCAAGUGCGUUCAUUUGGUACUGAAGGUCGUCGUGGCAAGCCUGAAGAAGAGAUCCUUGCUUCUGAUAAUGUGUUUGAUUAUGUCGUAUUCCGUGGAUCUGAUAUCAAGGAUUUACAAGUAUUCGAGGCACCACCCAAGCCUACACCACCACCACCACCACCUACGAUGCCUCAAGAUCCUGCUAUCAUGAGCAUGAGCGGUUAUCCUCCCAUGAACCCUUACAUGAACAACAACAUGUACAUGCAACCACCCCAGCAAGCACCACCUCAGCAACCUCCCAAGCAACCUCAACAGCAGCCUCAGCAACAACAACAACAACAGCAACGCUCUAACAACGAUUCAUCUUACUGGCAGCCCUCUUAUCCUGCCGAACCCAAAGUAGAUCAAGCACAACUAGAAAAGAAUACUUUGGAUGAAUUGAAGGCUGAAUUGGAGGAAACUGACGCGUUGCAACCCACCAUCAAUGAGGCUGCCAUCGAACAAUUGGCAAAAAAAGUGAGCGAAUUAAACACAGGUGAUGAUGCUGUUAUUGGCAGCAAACCUUCCUCUGAUGAGCAACAACCUCGCCGUCGUUAUGACAAUAGUAACAGCAAUAACAAUUACCGUAACAGAAAUAGUCGCUAUAACAACAACAGCAGCAACAACAACAAUUUCGGUGAUCGCCACUACAACAACAACAAGAACAAGACUGAAUUUAGCAUUCCCAAUUCUGAAUUCGAUUUUGAAGCCUCCAACGCCAAGUUUGACAAAAGCGAAGUUGUCAAGAAGGACGGCGAGGAAGUGAACGAUGAGGAGGCAGAGGAGAUUGAGAUUCCUCAACCUGAUGAAUUCUACGACAAGACAUCCAGUUUCUUUGACAACAUCUCUUGUGAGUCCAAGGAACGCAAUGAACAACGCCAGCAAAAUGAACCUCGUCGUAGUCAUUUCCAUGAGGAACGCAAGUUGAACUUGGAAACCUUUGGUCAAGCCACUGUAGAUCAAUCAAGAUACCGUAAUAAUUUUAGAGGACGUGGUGGCUAUCGUGGUGGCCGUGGUGGUAACAACUAUUAUCGUAAUAACAACCGUAACAAUAAUUAUAAUAACAACAACAACAACAGUGGCUACAGACAAAACAACAAGGGUCAAGAUCAACAAGAUGCCUUAUAA